AUGAAGGAGACAAUAGGUAAACUAGUUAGAAACGCGGACCAAUUUAAAAUGGAUUCUCUUAAGAAUUGGAUGGACGAAAAUAAAUGGAAGACCGUCGAAAAGAUAACCUUCGACGCUGAUAUUCAAACAGACAAAUGUACGAAGGAAAUGUCUACGCAAACUAAACCAUGGCAUGACGUCCCUAAGGAUAUGGUGCUUCGAUCACUAGAAGUCAAAGACAUGAGUACUUUCAUGAGGUGGAGGCCAAAUAAUGGGCUGAAAAGCUAUUUACGAACACAAAGUAAGCUAAGAAAAAUGAUAGAAUUGAUUUUCCAUAAUGAAAAAUGUAUCGUGGAUAUUUACACAACGAGACAUAAUUCCAAAAAGGUGGAGGUGAAGAGGCCCACUUUGGGAAUGAUUAUUGGUGAAGAAGGAAGAUUGUAUAAAGAUGUUCUGGGAAAGGAUAAGCAAGCAAACAAAAAUGGAUCUGCGAUAAAUGCCAUCAGAAAUCUCAAAAGCACGAAGGAUGAGAAGCUACUACUAACCUAG